CUGAGCUUGAACAUAGAUUGAUCAUUAAAAGAUAGAUGAAAAGAUAGACUGACAGACAGGCGGAAAUUCUAAAUAUUGUAAAAAUAUUAGAUUGACACUACUAUCCAGAAUUAUAGGUUAUUGUGAUAGAAUUUCAAUGAUGAAAAUUUGACUAGUCUGAAGAAUCACUGAUUUUCAGGUGAAUCAUAUAAGUAUACACGGAUUACAAUCAGUAGUUGGAUUAAUCGGACCUUACAAUUUCUCAUAUGAUUCUUAUGAAUGAGGGAUAUACUCAGUUACAGGUGUAAAAGGAUAAAAAAUUAAAAAUAUUGAAAAAGAAAGAACAAUAAAAAGUGUUAUCAAUCUAUGUAAAUAAAAUUUACAAAACUUGUUUAAUUAGAAGACAUUUUAUUAUAAUAAUAAUAAUAAUUAUUAUUAUUAUUAUGACAUUAUUUAAUCUGUUAAAUAUUAUAUAUAUACAUUAUAAACAUCUGUAAAAUGCCUCCGAACAAACUAAUCACAUGUCCACCUUAUCGGGAACAACAUCCACUUUUCUGGUACCUUAUAGUACAUCAGCUUACUGGGAUAGAAAAAUAGACCAAAACCUGGAAGAAGAAAAAGGAAUCGAUCAACUAGUUACAGAUGACAUAUUUCAUCCAGUCAUAGAUUCAGCUAUUGAAACAGAAAGAUUAGUGAUCAAUGUAAGCGGUUUACGUUUUGAAACUCAAGUACGCACUGUAAGUCAAUUCCCUGACACCUUGUUAGGUAAUCCAAAUAAACGUAAUCAUUAUUAUGAUCCAUUAAGAAAUGAAUACUUUUUUGAUAGAAAUCGUUCAAGUUUUGAUGGUAUCUUAUAUUUCUAUCAAAGUGGUGGAAGACUUCGUCGACCGGUUAAUGUACCAAUUGAUGUAUUCAAUGAAGAAAUAAAAUUUUAUGAACUUGGUGAUGAAGCUUUAGCUAAAUAUCAUGAAGAAGAAGGAUAUAUUAAAGAAGAGCCAAAAAUUCUACCAAGAAAUCGUUUUCAGCGUAAAGUAUGGCUUUUAUUUGAAUAUCCAGAGAGUUCAUUAGCUGCUCGUAUACUAGCUAUUGGUUCAGUAUUUGUUAUAAUUCUAUCUAUUAUAAUUUUUUGUUUAGAAACUCUACCACAUUUUCGUCGUUAUAGAAUAAUGAAUCAUUUCAAUGCUUCAAUUUAUAAUGAAGAAGUCAUUUUUGAAGAGGAUGAUUUACCAACUAUAGAUCAACCAUUUUUUAUUAUUGAAACAUUUUGUAUAGUUUGGUUCAGUUGUGAAUUGUUAGUACGUUUUGCAUCUUCUCCUAAAAAAUUUGCAUUUUUCAAAGUUUUAAUGAAUGUUAUUGAUGUAGUUUCAAUUAUUCCUUAUUUUAUUACUGUUGGUGCUGUGAUUAUUGAUGAUCCUAAGCAGCGUAAUCAAACUACAUCAUUGGCUGUGUUAAGAGUUAUUCGUCUAGUUCGAGUUUUUCGAAUAUUCAAAUUAUCCAGACAUUCAAAAGGAUUACAAAUCUUGGGACAGACAUUGAGAGCAAGUGUUCGAGAAUUAGGUUUACUUGUAUUCUUUUUACUCAUUUGUGUUAUAUUAUUCUCCUCAGCUGUAUAUUUUGCUGAAGCUGAUGCUGACACUUCGUUAUUUCGUAGUAUACCAGAUGGAUUUUGGUGGGCUGUUGUAACAAUGACUACAGUUGGUUAUGGUGAUAUGCGACCAGUAACAGUAUGGGGAAAAUUGAUUGGUUCAUUAUGUGCUAUAGCUGGUGUAUUGACAAUUGCUUUACCAGUGCCUGUUAUUGUUUCUAAUUUCAAUUAUUUUUAUCAUCGUGAAACUGGAGCCGAUGAAACAUCACAUUCUUUAUCCUCUUCAAUGGAAACAGACGAUGAUAAUGAUGAUGAUGAUAAUAAUGACGGAGAUAAUGAAGAAAAACAAAAACAUUCAAAAACUGCCUACAUUAUGAAUAGUAGUAGUGUAAAUCGAUUACAAAAGAAAAUUUCUCAUAAAGACAGUAGCAUAGUCAAAAUGAUACAAUAGUACCUGGUGCCUUGAAACAAAACUCUAUUUCACCGAAAAAAUCAACACAUAUACCACUUUUCUAGUCAUAUCAAUAUAUGAAUAAAUCAGAAGAAUAUUUUAUUUAUUUUCUAUAAAUUCAUUCACAUCUGUAUUAUUCAUUUUCUUAGUUAUAUGCCAAAAAAGUGAGAUAUAUAUAUAGAGAGAGAGAAGGUAGUGAUAUAUUUCAUUUGUUAUAUAUAACUAGAAAAACUUUAAUUACUCAUCAUUGCUCACAAUAUUCUUCAAGAUAAUAACAAUAAUAAUAAUAACUUUCUGCAUUAGUAUUAUUCAUAGUGUUCUAUACACCUUUAAUGGUUCAGUUUACAUCAAAGAAAUAUGAGUAUAUCAAGAUAAAUAAUUAUUAAUUACAAAUUGUAUUUAAUUGCGUAUGGAAAUGGAUAAAAAAAUACCAGAAAUUAUUUUAUACAAUUAAUAUUAUUACCACCGGUUGAUUAUGAUGAAGUUAAUAAUUCUUAAAAUUAUCCAAUUAAUCAUUAUUCAAUAACAGGCAUAGAUAAAAAGUAAAUAAAGGAACUAUUUUUUAUUGAAAAAUCACUUCAAUGAAGUAUUUCACUUCUCUUUUCUUAUAACUUGAAGAAACAAUAGACAACAUACUAUUAUAAUACAUAUACUAUGAAAACUUUAUGGCCAGAUCUAUUCAAAUUGGAAUGAUGAUAAAUGUAAAGAGGAUACUUCUAUUGAAAAGGAAUUUCAAAAAGACACCUGGUCAAAGUUUUCUCAUGUAGAUGAGUUUAUUUACCAAUAUGGAAUAAUUUAUGCACUAAGCGUAUGUAUGCAUACAAAUUAUCAAUAUAGAUUUUUCAUAUAUAUAAAAAAAGUUAAAACAUUUCUCAUUUCUGUAUUAAAAUUUCUUUCCAUAUAUUUUUUGUAAAAAUCAAUACUGUGUAAUAAAUGAAGGUGAAAAGAAAACUUGAACCAUGGUUGGAUUCGAACCAGUGGCCAUCACAUCUCCGGCAUAAUGCUCUACCAACUAAGCUAUGAGGUUCAACAGCUGACCAGAUUUUUAUUUUACUUCAAUCAUUAAAGGGUUCAGCCAACUAAUAUUUGAAUUAGUGACGUGUUACUACAGCUUGAUUGUAUUCACA